UAUCUGCUAUAUGUUCUUCCCCAUCUAUUUAUCUUAAAAAAUCCUGAUGAACGACUCAUACCUGCAGUUUCUUGAAGGGCAGAAACCUGCAAACAGCACGUCUUUGCCUCCUAAUGGCAGCACCAUUGAUCCUCCAGCAGGGGCGCUGUGCGAGCAGGUUCAGAUCCAGGCGGAGGUUUUUCUCACCUUGGGUAUUGUGAGUCUUCUGGAGAACAUCCUCGUCAUCUUGGCCGUGGUCAAAAACAAGAACCUUCACUCUCCGAUGUAUUUCUUCCUGUGCAGCCUGGCUGCUGCGGACAUGUUGGUGAGUGUAUCGAACUCUUUGGAGACCAUUGUCAUUGCCGUACUAAGCAGUCACCUUUUGGUGGCCAGUGACCAUUUUGUGCGUUUGAUGGACAAUGUGUUUGAUUCAAUGAUCUGUAUUUCUCUCGUGGCAUCAAUCUGCAACCUCUUGGCGAUUGCCAUCGACCGCUACGUCACGAUUUUCUACGCCUUACGCUACCACAGCAUAGUGACCAUACGCAGAGCUCUGGUGGCCAUCGCUGCGAUCUGGUUGGUGUGUGUGGUUUGUGGGAUCGUCUUCAUAGUGUACUCAGAGAGCAAGACCGUGAUUGUUUGUCUGAUCACAAUGUUCUUUGCCAUGCUGUUGCUCAUGGCCACUCUCUACGUACACAUGUUUCUUCUCGCCAGACUUCAUGUAAAGAGAAUCGCAGCAUUACCCCCAGCGGCCACCAGCAACCCGACCCCACGUCAACGCAGCGGUAUGAAGGGAGCCGUGACCAUCUUCAUCCUCCUCGGCGUUUUUGUGUGCUGCUGGGCACCAUUUUUCCUCCACCUCAUUCUGCUGGUGUCCUGUCCACACCAUCCGCUCUGCCUCUGCUACAUGUCUCACUUCACCACGUACCUGGUCCUCAUUAUGUGCAACUCUGUGAUUGACCCACUCAUCUACGCCUGCCGCAGUCUGGAAAUGAGGAAGACCUUUAAGGAGAUACUGUGCUGUUUUGGCUGUCAGCCUCCACUUUAG